CAUUUUGGGACGGAGAGAAGCAAAAGCGGCAAUUUUAUUUAUUUUUAAAAGCAAUGAAUUUGCAAACACUUUAAGUUAAUGAGAUGAUCAAUGUGGAAAGUCUGAUAAAUAAAUAUCAGCGUCUUGGCCAUUUGUUACGAAAUAACAAAAAAGCGAAUGACAACUGUCAAAGGGGGCACGAGAUAGUAAGCUGUGACUGAUUCGGCAGGUUACCUACAAGCUAACGACGCUAGCUAGCUAACGUUAGCAAGAAGUCAAUGACUGCAAUGUAUCUACUAACUCUAGCGAAGUUAUCGGGAGAGCGUUGACAUCAUUGAAAGUGGUGAUGACAGUAAUCCGGAUGACAACUAUACCAGGAUGAGGACUUGCAGAUGUCACGCUCCUUCCAAAAGCCUAAUCUCUGAUGAAGCAAGCUAAAUGACAUGUUGUUUGCUUAGUUAGCUAGCUACAUGCCAAUUGGAUAGGCUACCCUCAUGUAUCUGAAAAUACAUGAUCAAUUGAUGUUUACAUGAAAAGCAUGCAGUUACUUGCUGUAUAAUUCUGAUGAUAUAGCUAAAUGUGGAAUAAUCAGAAAUGUGUUGUUGUGACUACGCUCUUCAAGAGGUGAUGAUAUUAAAACCAAACAUUUAUUUAACAAUCCCUUGAAAACGGCACAUAGUUGUCAAUGGUUUUAGCUCUCCUUGUUACCCAGAAGCCAAAUUGAACGCUCUGCACCGUUUUAUUCCUAACGACCUAUCGAAAAUGAAGAUGCUGGAGAUGGGGUCUGUGGGCAGGUGAACAGCCUCACUUCAUAGGAUAUCCCAAUUGUCAAGGAAGACAGACAUAGGACUUGCUACUAUUGGCUCAACGUCCGUGUUGCAUGGGAUAAGCAGCAUCUGAACAUGUGGACUGGUUUUGUGGAAUUACAAAGUACUAUUUUAUUUUGCAUUUUAUUUGAGACUUUGUGAUAUUAUGUGGACAUACGUAAUGCACUGACCUGCUUUAGUCUCCUCUUCCUCUUUACAAGUCUUCCAUAUGUUUCUGAAAAAUGCAUCAUGUACACACACAUGAUUGAAAGCUGUAGUUACUGUUAGCUAGCUAACUUUAUUUUUGGCAACAUGUGAUCACACUAACAUUUUUAUUGUCUGAUUAAAAAAUUAAUAAUAAUUUUAAUGGUAUCAGGGCAGUACAAACCCCCAGCAAAAUCACUGAAUCCUUCCUAAAGGGUUCAGAGCAAAUCCACCCCAAUGUCUCCUUUGUAAAAUUGGACGAGAAUGUCAUUGGAUUUCCUUCAACAUCUCUGAAGGACUCUUCAUCAUUCUGGGAACUGGAAUUACAUGUAAAAACAUUUUGUAAAUGACCCUAUCUGCACGAUACAUGUGGGGAGCAGAUUAACUGGAUAAGAACUGAUUGUGAGAAGGAAAACACUGGGAUAAUCUUGGGAUUACAGCGCGGCAGACGCCUAUGCUCAGUCCUCCAUAGCUGGUUUAUAAGUGCAGACGAAGAAUAUCAAGGAUCUGGAAGGAUUGUGUAUGGAGGAAUUCUCUUAAGAUCCCUCCCAAUAAUGUUCUGAAACUCAUAAAACAUUUUAGUAAAAGGCUCAGUGCCGUUAUCCUCGCAAGGUGAGGUAUUGAAAACAGGAGUGUCAAUAAUUGUUAAUAUUACUAUGUAUAAUCAUUUUAGCAUACAAUAUAGCUCAGUAUUUGAAUUAUUUAUUUUAUAGUCAUUUUUGCUCAUCUUUAUCAAGGGUCUAAUAAUGUCGGACCCCACUGUAGGUCUCUAGUGAAAGGAACAAUAUGCUGCUGGUUGUCUCUCGAUUGUGACUGACGGCUUGGUAUCUGACUAGACGGUCGUGUUGAGAAUAAUUCAAACACUGUCUGGCUUUUGAAAUGCGUUUGCAGAUUUCCUUGUUUUCUCAUGUUUUGGUUUUGAAGGGAUCAAAACACCUCACAGUUGAAAGCAGUUAAUGAAUAAUCAUUUUUCUCACAUAGAGGUCCCUUCUAUGCUUUGGUCUCUUGUCACCAUGCUUAUGUUGCUCUGUGUGUGGCACAAAAACACAACACUUUUCACAGUCUAGAACAUUGAGUUAAUUAAAUAUCUAUAACAUAGUUGAACAAAGCAUUGUUUUCCGAUAGCAGGAUGCAUUUCCUAUAGUAGACACACAUGCCCAGAGGAAUAUAAGCCUUGGCUAUUUCUCACACACAGCAUCUCAGGUUCAUGUUUGAAUUGUUGUAAUUUUGUCAGCCAGUAGUAGCCUAUUCUAGUAUUUUACAUUUCCAUCCACAACUGUGUAUUUGUAAGACUGCUAACUGAUGACCAACCCUGAGAUAACCUUUUGCUAACCUCCUGAUGUGACACUGUCAUGGUCCUACCUAUCUCCAUCAGUCAGGCACUGAACUGAUGAAUUGCACUCUGCUGCAUCAGCUCAGACUUCCAUUGAACUCUGUUUCAUGUUCCGCAAGGGUUGGAUGACACUCUCCUGUCCACAUGAAUAUUAUCUCUGCUGUCUGCUACGCCUAAUGGGAAGCGAAAGGGACUGGAGCAGGAAAAACUCCAUUCUGUCACGUUGCAUUGUAUCGGUUGGUUAGUUAGUAGUGUGCCACUUGAAAGAGAAUUCAGUUGAGAAAUCAUUGGGCCUAAUGCCCAUAAACACACUCAUGAUGCCUGGAGAUGGCUCAGCUACUACACUCUCUCUCUAACACGCCACAGCGCCUCUUUCUCUCGCUCUCUUGCUCUCAUUUAGGGGCUGGAAAAAUGAGGUGUUGAUGUCUUACCUACCUCACUGGAGACGGAAACCUAAAUGGCGCAGCAUGACUUCACUCCAGCCUGGCUUAAUUUUCCCACAGCACCCUUAUCAGCCCAGCCCUCUCAGGUCUAUGACAAGCCUUUCGAGUCUCCUGCCGAACGUCUGGACAGCCAAGGGGAUGUGAGUCGCAAACGCCACAACUCAUCAGAUGGCUCAGAGUCUGUCAACAGACACACUGAGGGAGGCUACUCCAGGAACGGAUGGAGAGUCCGGAAUGGCAGCGAGGGCUCGAGCUCAUGCUCUCCCCUUCAGCAAGGCGGACCCCCGCCCCGCUCCAAGAGCAAAGGCCUGCCGGAGGACCAGCGAGGCCACAGGGACGACGGGGACAAACGCAAGCAGUUUGAAGCUGAAGACUUUCCCUCACUCAAUCCUAAUGCAGAACGAGAGGUUAACCAUAAAGCUGUUGCCACUGGAGUAUGGGAACACCCGCCCAACCCUCAAUCCAGGGGCUCUAAAAUGAUGGUGAUCAAACGCGUCUCCAAGGAGGAGCCCACAACAGCAACGUCCUGCACGGCCACGCCCCAACAACAACAAGCCUUGUCCCGCAACGGCCCCUCCAUCUACAAGGCCCCCAUCCCAAACUCUGUCAGUCUUCCAGUUAAGGCGAGUCGCUCCAGCUCAUCGUCCCCAGUGAACAAGGGCAGUCAGCCGCGGCUCAUGAUGCGUCUGACACGCAUGCGCUUGGACCGCAAGAGCCACUUCCUCAAAGCCCUCAAACAGGACAUGGUGGACGAGGAGGACCUCCAUCAUAACUGCAAGGUUGACGAGGGCUUCUAUCUGCAGAACAGCAACGUGGGCCGCGGGGACGAGAACCAGAACCGGUGCGAGCACAGCGUCUCUCAGGAAAACGGCAACACGACCACAAUAACCAUGAAGCAACAGGUGCUGUGCUCUUCCACCUUCCCCCAGCAGGAGGUGCUGUCCAGCUCUCUGGAGGCAGAGCAUAGGUUAUUGAAAGAGAUGGGUUGGCAGGAGGAGAGUGACAAUGAUGAGACGUGUGCCCCUCUGACAGAGGACGAAAUGAGGGAGUUCCAGGCUAUCAGUGAACAGCUGCAGAAGAACGGUCUAAGGAGAAAUGGCCUCUUGAAGAACAGCCCUCCCAUAGACUCCCUGGCCGUGUGGAAGACCAGCAACCUCAAAAUGGCCACCGACACCACGGAGGAGACAGAGACCAGCAGCAGCGACACCUCUGACGACGAUGCCUAAAGCAACCCUCAUCAAUAACCCUAAUCACUACCACCACCCUUAACCCUCUUCCCCCUCUCACCAGAGGGAAGAGACAGUACCCCCCUGCAGCAGAAUGGGGAAUUCAGACGCCCUCCCCCUUCAAGAUAUGGACAGAUGUUCUGAAUGGGCUGGAGAAAGAACACUACUUUAUGGCUUUGUUGCAAGGCCCCUUUUGUUGGGGCCGGGGGGGUGUAGAUUUCAAUGUUGGACUGAAUGUUUGUUCCAUCACUGAAAAGAUUGAUGAAUGUGAAAAAAAAGGUCAGUUCUGGAGGCUAUUGAAUAAAAAUAUUGCAAUUCAGUGUAUUUGUCUGGUGGAAGUUGUUUAGGUACAUGUCAUAUACCCAUCCUGAGUGUCAAAGUACU